CUGUCAUUAAAUGACGGACCAUAACCUUUCUUUUCACGCAGAAAAUGUGUGCGGUUGAUUUGCUUUAAAAAUAUUCCUCUUCAAGAACGAAAAGUUCUUCAAAUUAAUUUGUUUGACAAAGUGUUGAAUAUCUUGAACGACGGACCAUUCAGAUAAUUAAAUCAAUCUCAAACGCUCCACAAUGUUCCUCAGAGCACUGUCAACAAUUUGUGCUCGGACAGUGUUUGCCAAACAUUGUGCACCCAUAGCGACCAAAUACAACGCAAAUCUUGCCGCUCUAUACCCACGAUUUUCGACAUUUCGAGAUUUCGGCGAUAACGAUGAGUAUCCCAACCAAGUUCGCCGCAAUACACAACGAAAUUUCAGCAGUCCUCAAUUCAAUCGUAACCGAGAUUUUUACAACAAUUCCAACAAAAACCCAGAGGAAAAACCAGACUGGAAACCAUUCGAAAAGAAUUUCUACAAACCGGCUGACAUCAUUCAUCCGAAGGAAGACGUCGACAACUUUAUCAAGAAACACAAAAUCACUGUCAAGGGACCGGCACCAAGUCCAAUUCUGUCAUUCGAUGAGGUUUCCUUCCCGGACUACAUACAAAAUAAAUUAAAGGGCAAGGACUUUACGACACCCACACCGAUCCAGUCACAAUGUUGGCCCAUUGCGUUGAGCGGACAGAAUUUAGUCGGUGUUGCCCAAACAGGCAGCGGAAAGACAUUGGGAUACAUUUUACCGGCCAUUGUUCACAUAAAGAAUCAGGAAGAAUUGAAAAGGGGAGAAGGUCCCAUUGCGCUCGUUCUCGCUCCAACUAGAGAACUGGCACAACAGAUCCAACAAGUCGCAAAUGAAUUUGGUAGGACGUCCAAUGUUCGGAACGCCUGUGUGUUUGGUGGUGCCGGCAAAGGUCCACAAGUUCAUGCCCUGUAUCAAGGAUGUGAAAUUGUCAUUGCCACUCCUGGACGGCUGAUCGAUUUCCUCGACUCUGGAGUAACGAAUCUUAACCGAUGCACAUACUUAGUAUUAGACGAAGCGGAUCGUAUGCUUGACAUGGGAUUCGAGCCACAAAUACGAAAUAUUUUAGAGAGAAUUCGUCCAGACCGACAGACUCUGAUGUGGUCGGCGACCUGGCCCAAAGAUGUUCGUAACCUCGCUGAAGAUUUCCUCGGUUCGUUUACACAAAUUAAUGUGGGAUCGUUGGAGCUAUGCGCUAAUCACAACAUUAAACAAGUGGUGCAAAUAUGCGAUGAAGCCGACAAACAAACUGAACUUCAAACUCUCCUCCAAAAAAUCUUCGAAGAAAAUGAACAGCCAGGGAAGAUUCUAGUAUUUGCCGAAACGAAACGAGGUGUCGAUUAUGUAGCACGGUUCAUUCAGAGUUUUGGUGUAAAAUGUUGUGCUAUACAUGGCAACAAGUCACAAACAGAUCGAGACAGUACGCUGAAAGCAUUCCGGAGCGGACGUGUUAACAUUUUGGUGGCGACAGAUGUGGCUGCCCGAGGCUUAGAUGUCGAUGGUGUCACCUGGGUGAUAAACUACGAUUAUCCAAACACGUCGGAGGACUACAUUCAUCGAAUAGGCCGUACCGGACGUCGUGAUACAACUGGAACCGCACACACAUUCUUUACCGAAAGCAAUGCUGGCAAAGCAAGAGAUUUAGUUGCUGUGCUGCUGGAAGCAAAGCAAGAAGUGUCCGACGAUUUAAUGGAAAUGGCUAGUCGCGGUGGCCCUGUAGGAUCAUAUAAGCGAUUCGGUGGAAAUUCAUUCAACCGAAAUUUCGGGAAUCAAUCGUUUAAUCGCGGUGGUGGAUACAACAACUUCCAAAGAAGAGACAGCGGUGGUGGAUACAACAACUACCAGAGAAGAGACAGCGGUGGUGGAUACAACAACUACCAGAGAAGAGAUAAUUCGAGAAAUCGAAGACGUUUUGAUGAUGAUGAUGACGAAUAGAAGGUGUUGUUGUACAGCUAGGUAUUUAACGUGUAGCAGUAAUUGUUUUCGUAAAAAACAGCGAAUAAAAAUCGUCGUCGUCGGCCAAAAAAUUUG